UAAAUAUGCAUUUCUUCUUUAGGAAAAAAAAUACUUAUGUUAAAAUAAUGGUAUGUAAUUAGUAUGAAGAAGUUAAUAGUUAUCACAGUUUUAAAUAUUUUGAUAUGCCCAAGCGUUUGCAUCACCCAAGAAAAUUGUUCACAGCCUCUUGGUGCAAGUGUUACGGGUUACCUACCAAGCAGUGCAUUUACAGCUUCAUCUAGUACUGAAAACUAUGGCCCAUUACAAGGAAGAUUAAAUAAUUUAAAAUCUGCUUGGAUUCCUCAAAACUUUGAUGGAUCAGUACCUACUGAUUACUUACAAGUAGAUUUGGGUGCUGUUAAAACCAUUACUGGUGUAUCAACACAAGGCUUACCUGCAGGAAACUUCUUUGUGAAAUCAUAUCACCUUUAUUUUGGAGAUGACGGACACAUUUUCAGUAAAUUCCUAAAUGUGAACUCUGUUGACCAUGUGUUUGCAGGAAACAUUAAUGGCAAUUCUAUAGUUACACAGAAGUUACCAUGCCCGGUUACAGCGAGAUAUGUGAGAUUUUACCCAAAGAAUUAUUAUGUUGGAAUUGCUUUGAGGGUGGAUAUAGUUGGUUGUAGUUCCAUUGUCAAACUGGAGAGCAAGGUUAGAAACUUCAAUGUAUCUGAUGUGAAAAAAGAUAGUAUAAACAUACUGUGGAAACAGGUCAAGAAAGAUGUCCGCUUUUUUUAUUUUUCGUAUUUUAUUGUUGACAAUAAAAUACUUUAUUACAUAAAUCAGUUCAAAGUUGAUCCAUUGACGACAAGCAUUCCUAUUUCAUAUACCAAGCUUAUUCCAACUUUGCAAAGUUGUACAGAAUACAAGUUUAUUUUGCGUGUUUAUAACUUAAAUGGGUGUGGAUUACCUGAGGUUAGAACUGUGACAACAACAACACAGCGUGGUAAACCUAUUAAACCACAAAACUUAAUCGCUGUCAACAAAGCUGCGAAAACAAUCACACUAAGCUGGAAGAAAACUGCACUUGGCUACUUGUGCUCUGACGACAUCACAGAGUUUAUCCUGUACUACAGAGAGGAACGUGACAUUAUGUUUAAAACUGUUAGAUUAAGUGCUAACGUUUUAACUUAUCAACUUACUGACUUAAAAAGCUGGUCAGACUACAUUAUAAAAAUGGCGUCAAAAAAUAAAAUGGGACAAAGUGAUUGGGCUAAUGCUUAUGUUCAUGUUGAAGGAAAACGUCCUGAAAACCCACCUGUUAUUAAAGUGGCUGAGUCUACAAAGCCAAACACUAUGCAUCUUGUUUGGGAGAAUCCGUCAGAUUUAGAUGAAGGAGUGUUCAGUAUUUCAAUACAUUAUCGACAGGAAGGAUCGAGGAAUAAAUGGAUGCAAAUUGGCUUCACAAAUAAAAAUCUUCAAACUGAGGCUGAUAUCCCUAGUUUGUUAUCAUGGACAAAAUACGAAGUCUUUGUACUUUUAUUUGACUUCAAGUACAACAUGUCAUCAAACACAAAAACAGUUCUUGUUACUGGGACAGCACCAGGUGCUGCUCCUGCGAAUCUGACAUUUGCGAAUGUGUUAACCACUACGUCAAUAGGGUUACAAUGGAGUGCAUUGCCUUCGAAAUACAUACCUACAGGUUUUCAAGGUUAUCAAAUCUUUUAUGCAGCAGGUAAAGAAGCCUUUAAAAGCUCACAUAGCUCACCAACAAAAGACCUUCACAGAGUUGUAAAAGGUUUAAAGCGUGAUACUGAGUAUUUGUUCAAAGUUGCAGCUGUUUCGAACUCUGUGUUAGGUCCGUUUUCGCAAGAGAUAAAAGUAUCCACUGCCAGUGGACCAUUACAACCACCAGUCAUUACAGCAUUGAAAAGCAGAGUCCCCAACAGUUUUUAUAUCCAGUGGAAUGUAAGCUCAGAUGUAAAAGGCAUGAAUUUUGUGUUGUUUUAUAAACAACAAUAUCUUAUUGACACAUGGGUAAAAAUUGAUGUUGGAAGUGCUAAUGAUUACACCGUAUCAAAAUUACUAUCUUGGAAACAGUACGACGUAAAAAUUUUAAUGAAAAGUUUGGGGAGGAGUAGCGAGUCUAUCCUGCGUUCAGUGUUUGUAGUUGGUACUGUUCCUGGAAAGGCACCGACAGGUUUAAACAUGAAAAGCAUGAAUUAUACAAGCAUUCAAAUUGAAUGGCAAAACAUUGAUCCAAAGUUCGUUUAUGGAACAUUGCUUGGAUAUGUUGUUACUUAUGAAGUUGACGGUGAUAGUAAUUCUGCACAAACAAACUUCACGACUGCUAAAGCAAUGACCCUGGGUAGUCUUAAACCAAAUACUACUUAUAAGGUUAAAGUUGCUGGAAAAACUGCAAACGGUGUUGGUGUAAACAGCAGUGCAAUUUUGGUCAGCACAAAACGAAUACAUGUUCCUGAGGUUCCUGUUGUGCAAACAGUGGAAAGUCCUACAUCGAGGACAAUCAGAAUAACAUAUAUAAUAAAUGGGAAAAGCUUUCGCGACGUUGACUUCCUUAUGCUUCAACUUGAAAAUCUUCGAACUAAGGAAAAAAAAUUUCCCGAGGUUCUAGUUUCUUCGCCUUCUGAACAUAUCGCAACCAACACUUUGACUGUACAAGUGGAUCCUUUUACUAAAUAUAAAAUAAAUAUCAAGGCUUGCAUUCUAUCAAUAUGCAGUGGAUUUUCGCGUCCUAAAGUUAUAUUGACAGGAGAAGAAAAACCAGCCAAAGUUUCUAAUCUAACUGUAACAAAAACAUCUGAUUAUGUUAGUAUUAGUUGGCUACCACCUGAACGAAUUCCUGGAAUUUUAAGAUACUACAUUAUCGAUGUUAAAUACGAUGCACUGCCUUCGCCAGUCGAUAAUUAUCCCAAGAAAGUAGAAAACACCACCCUGAGUUAUAUUUUUACUGAUCUGCGACCGCACACACCACUUCGGAUCAUUGUGAAAGCAGCAACUAUCGUAGAAGGUGAAGGAGUUGAAAUAACAGUUGUUACUCCAGAGGGAAAGCCAGGCGCACCAGCCAAUGUCAAAGUUGUAACUUUGCAGGAAACUAGAAUGAUGUCUGUAAAAUGGGACGAACCGGACUAUCCAAAUGGAAACAUAACAAUGUACAAGGUGGUUUACCAUGGCUACAAACCAUACAACCCAUCAUUCAAACACAUGGAUAAAGUAGAAGUAAAUAAAACACAGAGACUUUUGAGAAUUUUUGGCCUUAAACCUGGAACGAUAUAUAAUGUAAAAGUGUAUGCAAAGACUUCUAAAGGUUAUGGUUCUCCAUCUCCUGAUAUUCUCAUUAUUACCAAGGUCAAAGCUCCUGUUGAGCCAGCACCACCCAUUUCAUACCCAUCAGAAAUCACUUCAAACACUAUACCAGUUCAAUUAAAACCUGCCCCACAAGAAAAUGGUAAAAUUGACUCCUAUGACAUUAUCAUUGAGAUAUUAGAGGGAGACAAUGCAAAUAAAGUAGAAAGAAGAACUCGAAAAGAGAUUGUCCAGUUGCCAGCCAAAAUUAACGAUUAUAAAACAGCCAUUAAAAAUAAUGAGAAUUUUUAUAUAACUGCCAAUCUCGAUGGAGAUAAAUUGCAGUCGUCAGCUAAAUUCGUCGUUGGAGAUGGCGGAACGUACGGUGGGUAUAGAAAUCAACCACUUGCUCCAGAAACCAGUUACAUGUUGCAUGUCAGAGCUGUGACCGUUAAAGAUGGUAAUAAACUGUAUGGACCUGCUACAAGUAUAGUUCUCCCAAAAACCAGUAAAAAGGCAGAGGACCCUAAAGGUUUUCCCAUCCCAUUGCCUGCGCUGAUUGGUGGUGGUGCAGGUUUUUUGUUGCUUGUUGUUAUCAUUGUUGUGGUUGUGUUGUAUUUGAGAUCUUCAAGAAGAAAGAAAAAAGAUAAGAUGGAUCCGUAUGAACUUGGUUUAAUUAGAAUUCGGACAGCUUCAGAAAUAGUUCCAUUAGUUCACGACCGGCCAGCUUCACUGAGUGGAGACUAUUUAGUCCAUCCAGACCAUCCACCAAUAGCAGCGACGCUGUUCCCAAAACAAGUCGCAAAACUUCACCGCAGUGAUAAUAAUGGCUUUAAAGCAGAGUACAAUCAACAACAAAUAGGGAAAGAAUUCUCAUGGGAUAUUGCUCAUCUGCCCGAGAAUGCACCAAAAAACAGAUACGCAAAUAUCGUAGCAUAUGAUCAUUCUAGAGUGAUUUUAUCGAGCAUAGAUGGCUUACCUAACUCAGACUACAUUAACGCUUCAUAUAUUGACGGUUACAAGAAACCAAAUGCUUAUAUAUCCACACAAGGUCCAUUACCUGCCACCUUUAAUGACUUCUGGCGCAUGGUUUGGGAAGUUCGAUCCACUGCCAUUGUAAUGUUGACGAACUUACAAGAAAAAAACAAAUUAAAAUGUCACAAGUACUGGCCCGAUGAUUGUACGGAGUAUGGCGAUAUAAUAGUCACACUUGUUCGGAAUGAGCCGUUUGCAGACUACACCAUUCGUACGUUCAAAUUAGAAUUGGCUGGUCAGCAAAAGAAUUCAUGUGACAUUCAAGAGGUUAGACAAUUCCAUUUUACUGGCUGGCCAGAUCACGGAGUGCCAUUAUAUCCUACGACGAUCUUAAACUUCAGAAAGAAAGUCCGAUUAGAUACUAUUCCUGACGAAGGCCCGGUUAUUGUCCAUUGUUCUGCUGGUGUUGGGAGAACUGGUGCAUAUAUUGUCAUCGACAAUAUGUUGGAUCGAAUUCAGGCCAACAAUGAUGUAGAUAUUUUUAACACAAUAGCGGUGAUGAGAAGAAGAAGGAUCGCGAUGGUCCAGACGGAAGAACAAUAUAUAUUCGUUCACGACGCUAUUGUGGAAUAUUUGCUCACUGGUGAGACUCAGGUACCGUUGCAAGAAUUAAGGCAAACUAUCAGAAAAUUGGACCAAAUCGAACCAGAUUCCAAAGUCUCAGGGUUUGAAAAGCAGUGGAAGACGUUAAAUCACGCCAGUCCAAUACUACCGAAAAGCGAAUUCCACUCUGCUUUACAACCUGAAAACAUACACAAAAACAGAUACUCAACUGCACUCCCUGCUGAUAUUAAUAGAGUUUUGUUGCUCCCUGUGGACGAUAAAGAAUCUACCACCUACAUAAACGCGGUUUAUGUGGAUAGCUACAGACAACGAAACGCGUUUAUACUGACACAGAGUCCACUGCCAAAGACGGUGAUAGAUUUCUGGAGGAUGGUGAGCGAACAUGGAACAACGUCUAUUAUCAUGCUGAAUGCAGUGGACGAGGGCGAUGAUUAUGCGAAGUUUUGGCCCGACUCUGGUGUCCGAGACUAUGAGAUGAUAUCAGUUGAAGCUCUACCUGCCAGUAAAAAGGAUGAUAUGUCUACAAACAGUUUCUUGAAGCCCAUGUAUAGAACGCCUCCAACUGAGCUAGUAGUGAGAAACUUCCAGGUCACAGAUACAAGGAAUCCAAAUAAUUCAUUUCAAGUUAAACUUUUCCAAUACCAUGGAUGGACGGAGACACGUGUGCCAAACUCAUGCAAAGCAAUAAUAAAUCUUCUAACGCAACUGGAACGUUGGCAACAGCAGUCCGGACAGGGUCCGAUUACUAUAAUGUGUAGUGACGGGAUAGGACGCAGUGGUGCCCUCGCUGCCAUUAUACAUGUUCUUGAGCGCAUUAAGGUGGAUAAAGUGUUUGAUGUGUUUCAAGCGAUCAAAAAAAUGAGGAUACAACGACCUCAUGUUGUCAAAUACAUGGACCAGUAUCAAUAUAUCCACUUUGCUGUACAAGAGUACUUAAAUGCUUUUGAUGAUUACACGAAGUUAUGAGCGAGGUUUUGACACAGGUUGUAAGAACGAUAAAGAUGGCAGUUUAUUUAUUCGGAUACAAAAUUAAAAAUUAUAUUUAUAUGAUUUGGGAAAGCUUCCUUUCAGCAGCUUUUUCUGUUACUUACUUUUUCUUUGAAGGAAAGUUCUCUCACAAUGAGAUUGUACACAAUGAGAAGAAAAAAUUUGAGUUUAUUUUUUCAUUCUUUUCCAACCAUUACAUGCUUACUUAUUAAAACAUGCUUCUUAAAAAAAAUGAUGUUCUUGCUCUACUUCUUUAUAUCCUGACAAAGCAAUUUGAUUACUCGAAGAUUUCAUCGAUAUUACUCGAAGACAUUUCGUCGAUAUUACUCGAAGAUUUCAUCGAUAUUACUCGAAUUUGUUAUUGACAUUAUUCAAUUUCAUUAUUUGUUGCGAUGUGACGUAACAACGGAAACAGAUUUUCGCGCGGAAAAUGAAAAUUUUUAAUAAAAAUAUGGCGGAAAUCUUUUCAUUUAAUUUAGAUGCAUAUGUACAUAUUUAUAUAUAUAUAAUUUUUUUUCCUUUUUUUGGCUGAGUCCAGCAUAAUCAUAUUUUUAUAUCGAAAAGAAUUUUAUCUAUAUGUUCUUUGUUAAGUGUUCAUUUUUUACUUGUGUUUUCGUGUACAUGUUGCGUUUUUUAAAAGUUUGAUUCUCGACAACGUUACAACGUUUAUCAGCUUCCCAAAAUAGCGAACUUUGAAUUUAAUUUUAAGUCGUGCAUGGUCGGCGAAGCUUCUUCUUUUAAAAAAUGAUAAAGUGGUUUCAAAUUCCUGCUCGUAUUUGCACAGGAAGUUAGGGAAAAAAAGGCUACCAAAAAUUAUAUGCUUUUCAAAACCCAUAAAAUAACGAGAAGAAGUAGUGUCCUCCAACUCAUGGAAUCAACAACGUUUUAUGGAAUGUAAAGCUUCGUUGCCGUUCUUGUACUUUGUAAUUUUUAUUUUGCUUGUGGAUAUGUCUCAGAGAUAUUGUAGUUUAUAAGUUAUUGUAUUGUAAAAAAAGGACAGCUUUAAUCUUAUCGUGUCGCUUUUCACUCACAUUUUCGUAUCGAAUCCCCGUUUUGUUGACCACAUUGAGAAAAAAUCAAUAUGUGACUAAACUUCACUUUUACGAGAUUGUAAAGCAUUUUGUAAGAAAUAAAUUAAUUUCAUGAGAA